CCAGUGACGCCGCCACCGCGUUCCAGUCUCCGAAGCCGGCGACCGUCAGGCCGCCUCCCUCCGUCGGGCUCGCGUCUUCCUACUUCUCCCGCAGCGCCCGCCAGCGCGAGCCAGACAAGGGCACGCGGGGCCUCGCCGGGACCCCAGAGGGCUGCGGGCGGGCGCGCGGGAGCGGCGAGCGCCCCCUUCGUGGACGUCUCCGCGCGGCUUCUGGGUGAAUCUACUCCGGGCUGGCUUUAGAAUUCUUACUUCUGGAUUUUAGUCUUUCUUUUUAAAAAAAAAAAAAACCAAAAAACAAAAAAAAAACUUGGACGGAUAAAAGAUGUGCCAUGGCAGGAUAGUACCAAAGAGCAGCUCAGCGUUUGCCGUGGCCUCGGUGGGACAUGGAUUGUUUCUUCAACUGGUGAUCCUUAGCAUCCUGCUGGGAGACGGGUUAGCCUCUGUGUGCCCUCUGCCCCCAGAGCCAGAGAAUGGUGGCUACAUCUGCCACCCCCGGCCCUGCAGAGACCCCCUGACAGCAGGCAGUGUCAUUGAGUACCUAUGUGCAGAAGGCUACAUGUUGAAGGGCGACUACAAAUACCUGACCUGCAAGAAUGGCGAGUGGAAGCCGGCCAUGGAGGUUAGCUGUCAUCUCAAUGAAGACAAAGAAACCCACACGUCACUUGGGGUCCCUGCACUGUCCAUAGUGGCUUCCACUGCCAGCUCUGUGGCACUCAUUCUUCUCCUUGUGGUGCUGUUUGUACUGCUGCAGCCAAAGCUGAAGUCUUUCCAUCAUAGCAGGCGUGACCAGGGAGUAUCUGGGGACCAAGUCUCCAUCAUGGUGGAUGGGGUCCAGGUUUCACUACCUUCAUAUGAGGAAGCUGUAUAUGGCAGUUCUGGUCACUGCAUGCCACCUGCUGACCCCAGAGUUCAGAUUGUUCUGUCAGAAGGAUCUGCUCCCAAUGGGAGGAACAUGCCAAGGGAGCAGCAGCAGCAGGGCCAAGGGGCCUGCUCCUCUGCAGGUGGAGAGGAUGAGGCCCCAGGCCAGUCUGGACUAUGUGAAGCCUGGGGCUCCCGAGGGUCAGAUACUGUGAUGGUGCACCAGGCAACCACCUCUUCCUGGGUGGCCGGCUCAGGGAGCAGCCGGCUGGCACACAAAGACACUGCAGAUUCAGAAAACAGUGACAUACAAAGCCUUUUAUCCCUCACAUCAGAGGAGUACACAGAUGAUAUCCCACUGUUGAAAGAAGCCUAAGGGCUGCCACUGGCCUCUUUCCUCUCUACCCUUCCUCUGUCUCCCUGUGGGU